UUCCUCUUUCCCAGGGAUCAAGACCAUCGUCCCAGCUCCUGACCUUGAUUGUCUUUACACAUCGUCAGAGCUGCAAAUUCCAUCCACUAAAUGAUUGGGAAAGGCCUAGCCCCCAAAAACAGACCAGUGGAACCAGUAAAUUAGAGAAAUGUAAUGCUUUAUGACAGUGUACUAAGAUUUGCACCCUUAUAUAUAUUUUUGCAGUCAGCUCUGGUGCUUUGUGUGGACGUGGGUUUCUCCAUGAGCAACUCGGCCCUUGGUGAGGAAUCCCCCUUCGACCAGGCCAAGAAGGUCGUCCAGAAGUUCAUCCAGCGGCAGGUCUUCGCUGAAACCAAAGAUGAGUUGGGUCUGGUUCUGUUCGGUACGGAUGACACCAAGAACCCGCUGGCUCAGGAUGAUCAGUACCAGAACAUCUUCAUACGCCGGCAUUUGAUGAUGCCUGACUUCGAGCUGCUGGAGGAGAUCGAACAUCAGCUGAAGCCGGGCGGUCAGCAUGCCGACUGGCUGGACGCGCUGGUCGUGUGCAUGGAUCUUCUGCAGAAGGAAACCAUGGGGAAGAAGUACGACAGACUGAGUAUCGUUCUCCUCACCGACCUCAACACGCCCGCCUGCGCAGAUCAGCUAGACGUCAUUGUCGGGAACUUGAAGAGAGCCGGAAUCAUCCUGCAGUUCUUUCUUCCGUUUCCUGUGGACGCUGAUAAAGAAGGUAGCGGAGGAGAAGAUGGAGCAGGUCCGAGGCGUCCCCCACAGAGAGGGAAAGGUCUGAGUGGAGAGCAGAAGAAGGGGCUGGAGAUGGUGCGGCAGGUCAUGACGUCGAUGGAUGAGGAAGAUGGUCUGGACGAGGUUCACACCUUCAGCGACGCUUUAGAGAAGCUUUCCAUGUUCAAGCGGAUCGAGAAGCGACCCAUGGCGUGGCCCUGUCAGCUGACCAUCGGCAGCUCUCUGUCCAUCCGCGUCGUCGGAUACAAAGCCGUGUGUGAGGAGAAGAUUAAGAAGAUCUGGUCCGUGGUGGACGCCGAGAGUCACCGGAAGGACGACGUGAAGCGAGAGACGGUGUACUGCCUCAACGACGAUAACGAGACCGAGGUGCAGAAAGAGGACGUCAUUCAGGGUUUCCGUUACGGCAGUGACAUCGUCCCGUUCUCCAAGGUGGACCAAGACCAAAUGAAGUACAAGUCUGAUGGAAAAAGCUUCGCAGUGCUGGGAUUUGCCAAGCAGGACCUGAUUCCUCGCCAUCGAUUUAUGGGCAACCAGGUCAUUAAGGUUUUUGCUCCCAGAGAUGAUGAGCAUGCAGCCGUCGCUCUCUCUGCUCUGAUCCGAGCCCUGGACAGUCUGAAGAUGGUGGCCAUCAUCCGUUACGCCUACGACCGGCGCAGCAACCCUCAAGUAGGAGCAGCGUUUCCCUGCGUCAAACAGAAAUAUGAGUGUUUACAGUACGUCCAGUUACCGUACAUGGAGGACCUGCGCCAGUUCACUUUCCCCUCACUGGAGAACAACAAAAAGUUUACUCCCUCAGAGUCUCAGCUGUCGGCGGUGGACGAUCUGAUCAGCUCUAUGAUGCUGAUGGAGGAGGAUGAAGAUGGAGAGACGUUCGACAUAUUUAAAGUGAAUAAAAUCGCCAACCCACAGUAUCAGAGGCUCUUCCAGUGCCUCCACCAUCGCGGCGUGCACCCGAACACUCCCCUCCCACCCGUGGAACCGUGGCUGAAGAGACAGCUGGAGCUCCCACAGGCCGUCGCCGCCCGCUGCCAGGCUCCCCUGCAGGAGGUGAAGAAACUGUUCCCCCUGAAGGAGGCGCUGCAGAAGAAGGGUCAGAAGACGAGCGCUGACGUGUUCGGAGGGAGUGAGGAGCCGGAUGCUAAGAAGUUCAGACCUGACGAUGGUGAGAGGUUUAAUCUGGCCGAGACGUCGGAGGGUAACGUUACCUCGGUUGGCAGUGUGAAUCCUGCAGAAAACUUCUGCACCUUGGUUCAGAAGAAGAUCAUUCCAUUUGAACAGGCGUGCGAGCAGCUCACCCACAGGAUGGAGCAGUUGCUGGGCAACAGGAGCACGGAGUACUACAUGAAGACCAUCAGGUGCAUCCAGGUCUUUCGGGAGCGGUCCGUCAAGGAAGCGAACGCUGAACUUUUUAACACCUACAUUCACUCCCUGAAGAGGAGCGUUCCCGACCGAAAUCUGCAGGAAUUUUGGGAUCUGCUGGUCGCAGAUGCUCUGACGUUAAUCAGUAAGGAUGAAGUGGAGAGCAGCACGGUGUCUAAACAAGAGGCCAAAGAGUUUUUGAUGUGUGAGGAGAAGGAGGAGGAAACGGAGGCUCCGUCCCAUGAGGACGCAGGAGAUGUGGAUGAUUUGCUGGAUAUGAUGUGAACAUCAGGUUGGACCACUUCUUCUGCCUGGCCUUAAUUUCGGGGUCCGUCAGGUCUUCGCCUGGUGUUUCGAUGUCCUAAUCAAGUCUGUUAACGAUUCAAACCAUUAAAAUAUUAAAAAAAGGGCGCCGUAUGAUGACCGACCCUGCACUCUGACCCCGGCUUCCAAACGAGGUAUACACGGAUAAAGAAUUACUGUACAUGUGAGGACGUAUAUACGACUAAUAAAGACGUUCCAAAUGA